UUCUUGACGACAUGUCCACGCACCCUGAUCUGCGCCGCGCUUUGCUUCAACACCACGAUGAGGUUGUGGGCAGAAUCCUGAAGUCUGUGCGGUACUACGGAGAAGGGGCCAAUCCAGAAGAUGUACCAGAAGGCCUCAUCUUCAUUGACAAGGCGGACUUGGAAGUCAGACAGCAUAUCGAGGACCUCCUGCAAAUGCACGAGGCUGUUGCCAAGACAAAGAGGGCGGAGGCCCUGGCACAACAACAAGCAGACUUCCAACAAUCUGUGCGCUGUUGGCAACGAAGGCUCCAGGUACAGGCAAAACAGACGAAGGAAGAGCAAGAGGUCCAACAGAAGGCGUUGGAAACUUGCAGAGAGCAAUCUCACCAGGUAUCCAAGGAGAUGGCGCACCUUCGCGAGCAGUUCAAGCUGCAAAAUGCCAGGGUGCAGCAGUCCGAGAAGGAGCUGCAGGAGAAGGUUGAUCAGCUGUCUGCGAAGGAGCAGGCGCUGUUGGAAAAGCAGCAGCUGCUCCGGGAGGAACAGCAGUCGUACCAAGCCACGGCGGAUGAGAUGCAGAAGGCCCGACUUCGAAACGAAGAAGCAGAAGAGGCCCUGGCCGAAAGGAAUCGUCUGAUCCAAAGGGCGGAGGCUUUGCUUGAGGAGCAGCGCAAGGGGCUGGCUUCCCAAGAGCAGGAGCUUCUCACCGUCAGGAGAGAUCUGCAACAACAGCGUGACGCUAUUGCAGCCCGAGACGCUGAGCUUCGCCAGCGAGAAGAACAACUUGCGAGUAAGGAUGCGGUAGCAGAGGAAGCAGCGGAGCUGAGACUUUCUCAACGAGAAGAGGCUCUUGUAGAGCGAGUGCAGCUAGCAUCCAAGCGAGAACAGAGCCUUCAGGAACGCGAGGCGGCUGUCGCAGCUCGAGAGGAGGAUGUGACCAAUGUGGAGCGCAACCUCCGGGAGGGCAUGCGGCAGUCCAGGCAUUUGGAGACAGAGUGCCAUGAGGCCAGCCGAGAAAGGCAAAGAGAUCUCGAUGAGAGGGAGGCCAGUUUGGACGAGAAAGCUCAGCUGCAGGCCGAGGAGGACCAGCGCUUGGCCGAACGAGAGCGGCGCUUGGCGUCCUUUGAGGAGGAGCUGAAGAUGCAAAAGGCAGAAAAUCUGAGUCUAGUCAAAGAGCAAGAAGCCGCACUGGCGGAUCGGGAGGAAAGGCUGAUGAGCCGAGAACGUGCUGUUGAUUCUGAGGACCUUGCUCGACAAACUGAAGCGAAGUCCACCAGUUGUCUUCUGAUGCACCGGCGUCUCACCGCUCGGAAGCAGAUCGGAUCGAGCGGCGAAAAAGCUGACCAGGCACCAGGCUGACCUGGCUGGUGAUGCAGAGUACAUCGGAUCCAUGUGGUGAC